AUGCCUCUGUGGAAGUGGAACAAGGCAGACGACGAGGACGUAGGCGAGACGCUGUCGCCGGAUGCCGUCGGCGGCGGCGGACACGGCGGCGAGCGCACCGCCCUCCAGGAGCAGCUGCGCGUGUCCAAGGCGAUCCGGCUGUUCCUCUCGCAUCACGGCGUGCUGUCGGCCGAGGACGUCGAGAGCGACACGCCAUCCCCCGCCCUGCGCAAGAUGCUGCAGCGCCCGCACGCUGUCGUGCCGCCCGAGCUGCUCGACGACAGCCACCCGCUUACCGAGUACUUUAUCUCAUCCAGCCACAACACGUAUCUCCUCGCGCACCAGCUGUUCGGCAAGUCGUGCCCGUCGUCUUACGAGACAACGCUGCGCGCCGGCGCAAAGUGCGUCGAGAUUGACGCGUGGGAUAACACGGAUGACCUCCAGGAACCAAAGGUGACUCACGGGUACACGCUCGUCUCGAACACGCCCUUCCGGAAGGUCUGCGAGACAAUCCGCGACUACUGGGACAACGACAAGAGCAACCCGAAGGCACCCAUCUUUCUGAGUCUCGAGAACCACUGCGGCGGGCCGGGACAGGAGCGCCUCGUCGCCAUCAUGCGUGAGGUGUUCGGUCACCGCCUCCUCGACGACUGCGAUGACCACUCCGAGACGUCGCCGCAGCUGAGUCGCCUCGAGGGCAAGAUUGCCGUCAUCGUCGAGUACCACUGGCCGGACGCCGAGAGCCAGGCUCAGGACGAUGAGGGAUCCUCAUCCUCGUCCUCCAGCGACUCGGAGGACGACGCAGUGGCGAAGAAGCAGUACGAAGCGCGCAAGGAGGAUGCGCCGGCCAGCCCAAUUAUCAGCGAGCUGGCGCGGUUAGGCGUGUAUGCUCAGAGCGUCAAGCCAACCAGUGCGGGGUGGUACGACCUCGCGCUCGACGGGUACCCGCACCACCACCUGAUCAACCUCUCCGAGGUCGGACUCGGUACGCACCUGCCCGCGAACUGCGACAAGGUACGCGCUCACAACGCGCAAUACCUGAUGCGCGUGUACCCGAAGGGCACGCGCGUGAACAGUUCCAACCUGAACCCGGUGCCCUUCUGGCACGUCGGAGCGCAGAUCUGCGCGCUCAACUGGCAGCGUUUCGGCGCGUCACUCCAGCUCAACGAGGCCAUGUUCACACACUCGAACGGAUACAUCCUCAAGCCGACGUACAUGCGCAAGGGGCACGUUCACGCCCACAGCCACGGGCAGCACGCCGACCGAUCAAACCCCAAAUACCCCUUCCCGCGGCGCAAGCUUGCGCUCCGAGUGGUUGGUGCGACCGACGUGCCCGAGCGCAAGGACGGGAUCAAGCCGUACAUCUCCUGCCAGCUGGUCUGCGGGACGGACACGGGCAAGCCCGAGAAGCGCAAGACGGGCAAGUACAAUGACCACGACCACCUCAAGUUCCUGAACGAGGUGGGCGCGGAUCAGUACAACCCCAUCUGGGACGAGACGCUCGAGUGGGAGUACGACGACGACGAGCUCGUCUUCCUCCGCAUUCUCCUCAAGAGCGAUGACAAGUUUGCGCGCAACCCUGUCAUUGCGGCUGCGUGCAUUCGUCUCCUCUACGCGCAGCCUGGAUGGCACUUUGUCCGCCUCAUGGACGCGCACGGACAGGAGACGAAGUCAAUCGUGUUCAUCAAGCUCGACGUCUCCGAUGCCUAG